CGGGUGGGCUGAGCCUGUGGCAGUGCAGGCAUUUUGGGGACCAAGAUUCCUCCUGCUCUGAAUCCCCUCAGGGCUGUGGAUCGCAAGGCACUGCUGGAGCUGCUGGAAAAUAAUGGAGUAAGGUGAGAGACUCGUGCCGAUCCAUCCCUCCCCGCUGUGCUCCCCCACUGGCAGGUGAUUCUUGUGCCCACUCAUCCCACGGACUCGUCUGUGCUCAGUGCUCCAGCUGUUCCCUCUUGUUCGCCGUGCGAGCCCCACGUGCCAAACCCGCCCCUGCCGCCACCCGCCCUGCAGGCCGCGGGCAGCGUGGCUCGUGGCACGCAUCAGGGGCAGAGCCCACAUGCCCUCCCAGCUCCCCGCCGCCCGUGUUCCUGUCAGCGAGCGAGGGAUGCUAAAGGCAGGCGUGGGGCAGGGCAUCCUCGUUUCUCUCCACCACACCAGCGCACGCCCAGGGAAGCAGGCAAAACCCCAAGCUGUGAUCUCACUUCCCCAAAGUGUUCACAGCUGCCAUUUGCAAGUAGCAAACCUGUAAAGAUCUGCAUAACAACCACUGCAUUAACUGCAAUUUGCCAGAAACAUUGAGUUCCGUGCUCAAAACCACAGCAAUUGCACCAAGGGAGGCAGUUCACGGCUGCAGGAGGAAGAUGCCCCAAGGAAACCUUUCUCUGUGCACCUCGUGGUGCAGCCUGGUGCACUCUGAAAGGAAAAAGGGACUCCAGAUCCUUCAGGAGUGCUGUGGAGUGUCAGUAAUAAGUCAUCUUUGGCAGACGUAUGUUAACAGCACCCAGAGAGGGGAGAACUUCAUCAGAGCAGAGAAAGCAUUCCAGCCUGCCUUUGGUACCACUCCAGCAAGUCUGAGAUAUCCAUAAGGGCUCUGCUUCCACACCUCCUCGGAUCCAUCCUGACACUGUCUUGGGCAAGACAAACGAUUUACACUUUUCUGUACCACUGGUUUAUGGUGCUUAUUGGCUUUUAUCCAGUGCUUUGCACUUGUGAGCGUUUGGAGGUGGAAUUGCCCAGCAAAAGGGUGUCUCAGCUGCAGCACUCGCCUUCCGCACCCUGUUAGUGAAGGAGGACCUCACUGCGCCCGGAUGCCGCGCUGCGAGCGCCACACACAACGUGUUGUUAAUGAGCGCUGCAGCUCUGAAUGGAUGGCAAUCGUGCUUUGAUUUUCUGUCAGUUAUUUUUAGUGCUUAUUAGCCAGCUAAAUGGCAAAGAAGAAAAACAGCAUAUGGGAGGAGGGAGCCUUGCAAAUCUCUCUGAAAGAAGCCGAAGCCACCGUUAAGUACCAGUCCAAAGGACAGGGGACACCGAACAGCUCUGUGCACGGAGUCCACAGCCAGACAGGCCCUGCCAUGUCAGCAGGGCUCCAACUACAAAAGCUGUCAAAGCUGAAAAAAUAAAAUAAUAAAACCCUGCGAGGGCGAUUAAGGUUGCAGUGACCAUCGUGUCCAUCACGGAGAAGUGGUCCAAGAUGGUACAAAGCAAAACCAUUGGCUGACAAAACCUGUGCUGAAAUCAGACAUGUUUAUUGGUUCAGUUCACCAUGGCAAUUAAUCACCUAGCACUUAGCUAAUUAACCAGAGCUUUAAUUUACCAUUCCUGGGGGCCAAUAGCAAAUGCCAGACUCUGCCCCUCCAGCUGCUGCCUAAAAUAUCUUUCAGGGCAACUUCUCAUAUCAUGUCAGGACAGGCAGCCCGACCAGUACCUCCAGUCUUCUCCUGCAGCUGAAGCACAGGAUGCCGGGGCAUUUCUGUCUCAAACAGCAGCUCGUUGCUGAUGAGAUGGACCCGAGAAUAUCCGAGGCAGAGAGUGAGUGGCACAGCCUUGCUGGGCACCCUGUGGUUCAGCCACGCUCCCCUUUGGUCUGAGCCAUGAGUAGGAACCUGGGUGGUUGCCCCGGCACUGCUGCCUGCUCCCCCGGCCCUGUCUGGCACCCCAGGCGUGCCCCACAUCCCACCGUGUGCUCCCCAGGGAUAGCAAGCAGCAGUGGCUAAGGGGCUGAGAAGUGCCCCAGAGAAGUGUCCUUUCAGUCCUGAGAAGUGACCCUGAGAGGUCACUUCCCUGUGGGAGCUGAGGGAAGGGCUGUGCUGGAGAGGCCCCUCAGGAGCUGGCACCCACUCCUCCACAGCCGCAGAGUGCCAGCAGCCUCCCCGGGACCUGGGAAGCUUGGCACUGACACCCCUGACUGCAAACCGUCCUGAAGGGCUCCUGGGCUGAGACAGAGUCAUGUGGAUGGUGAGAACAAACACCAUUGUCUGGACAUUGCUGAGACUAAAAUGAGCCUCUCCAGGGCAGGACCAGUUGCUUCAGGAUCCAUUUCUGAACAGCAGCAACCCAUCUGUCCAUGGCCGUACCCGGGCACUGGCAGGGCUGCCCUCUGGGGAGCUCAGCCAUGACAGAAACACAUCGAUUGUGAGUCACUGGUUUGUGUUAAGAGACAUCAGUGUGAAGAUGGGGACUAACGAGAAUGGCCACAACCACCUUUUGACGCUUACCUUGUGUUUUCCUUCUCAGUUUUCUGGGCCAUCCUGGAGGGGGUCAAACCCCAUGUUUACAUGGCACUUGGGGAGAUGGCUUAGCAGGCACAGAGGUUGGGCUGACUAUUGGACUGGAUUGGCUUAGAGGUCUUUCCUAACAGUAAUGAUUCUGUGAUUCUCUGACCGUGACAGUUCAAGAAGUAAAAGGUGUCCUGGUCUCCAGUGACGCCACGCGGCAAUAGGUUGCCCAGCUCCCCCCAGCCCCGUCUGUGCUGGGAGCACAUGCCCUGCUCGCACCCUGGCAGGCUGGAGGCAGCUGCUCCGCCAGCACAGGGUGAUCUGCCCCCGCACGGGCACCCAUGAAACAGGCUGGGCUGCUGCAGCUGCGGUGCAACAGCCGCUCUAAACACAGUGCCAUCGCUUCCCAGAGCCCACAGAGCUCCCCGACAGCAUGAACCGUGUGCACCGGAGAAAGAAAUGGGGUGGUUUGAAACUUGGACCAAAAGGGGCCAGAGAAAGGCUGGGUCUGAGGCUGGUGUCCAGGUCGAGAGUGCCAUUCGAUCCCUGUGGUGGCAAACUCAGACAAGCCCUUGGCACAAAGCUGUGCCCCAGGACGCACGUGUGGCAGCCACGCACCCCACUGGCCGUGGGGUCAGCGGCCCCAGCCAUCGCCACCCUGACACGGCACUGGGAGGCGAGCCAGGGUUAGCAGCGCCGCACCUGCACAAACAGCCAAUGCGGGAGGAACCACGGCCCCGCCGAGGGACCCUCACCCGGGGCAGUGGGGAGCGGCCACUGCUGCUCUUGGGAGCCACACAAAGCCAAGAGGGUAUUUAACCCGCUGCAGAGCCCUUCAGACCUCUUCCCCGCUCCAAAACCAACAGCUGGAGCAACAGCUGGUGUUUGCCUUCCCUCUCCUGCAGUAUCGCUUUCAGCUCACCAUGACCGAAACAACAGGUUACGCAGCCAGUGGGCUUGUCCACGUGAAAAACCCACACUUGGACUCGAUGGAGGAGGACGUUCUGUACCACUUGGACUUGGGAACGAAGACGCACAACCUGCCAGCAAUGUUUGGGGACAUAAAGUUUGUCUGCGUUGGCGGCAGCCCGAACAGGAUGAGGGCAUUUGCCCAGUUCAUGCACAAGGAGCUGGGACUGGAGGGCGACGGGGAGGACCUGGCAGACAUCUGCGCAGGGACGGACCGGUAUGCUAUGUACCGCGCCGGGCCGGUGCUCUCCAUCAGCCAUGGGAUGGGCAUCCCUUCCAUUUCCAUCAUGCUUCAUGAACUUAUCAAACUGCUGCACCAUGCAAAGUGCCGAGAUGUUACUAUUAUACGCAUCGGUACUUCUGGAGGCUUAGGGAUUGAGGCUGGGUCUGUUGUCAUCACGGACAUGGCUGUGGACUCCUCCUUCCAGCCACAGUUUGAGCAGGUGGUGCUGGAUGACGUGGUGGUGCGGAGCACUGAGCUGGACAAGGACCUCGUGGAGGAACUACUCGCCUGCAGCAAGGAGAUAACCGACUUCCCCACGCUCAUCGGCCAUACCAUGUGCACCUAUGACUUCUACGAAGGUCAGGGGCGAUUAGACGGAGCAUUGUGCUCUUUUUCCAGAGAAAAAAAGUUGAACUAUUUAAAAAGAGCUUACGACGCCGGCGUGAGGAACAUUGAAAUGGAGUCCACAGCAUUUGCUGCCCUGUGCAGGCUGUGUGGGCUGAAAGCCGCCGUCGUUUGCGUGGCACUCCUAGACCGCCUGGAGGGGGACCAGAUCCGGGCAUCCCAUGAGGUGCUGCAGGAGUACCAGCAGCGGCCCCAGCGCCUGAUCGCAGCCUUCAUUCGGAAGCGCCUGGAGCUGCACCCUCCGGCAGAAAACACACUUUGCCCCAGCAACUGAUGGGGGUGCAGCACGAGCAGCGGGCACCGGGUCCCAGCAGUGCAGAGUGGGUUUGUGCUGUGUGCCAGGAGCGGGUGUGGAGGACCUGCCUGCACCAGCUCACCAUGGACACUUAUUGUGGGAAAGGGAAAAGAGACUCAGACAUGAUGCGCUGACACAGCCAAGUGCCCCCCACGGCCGAGCGGGGCAGCCGGAUCCAGCAAACAUCACUGCACCUGAGCUGCGCGCCUCCGGCACAGCCUGAAUGGCACCAAUACCUGCACAUCCAAGGAUAGAGCCAGCCAAAACGUGUGCAGGAAUUAAGACUGUGUUCCUGAACUGCACGCUCCUCACUCCUCAGUGGUCGCAAAGGACUGUCCCAUUAGGGUCACUCCUGUUCAAGUGAUCCUCUAGGAAGAAGACCCCUUUGUGUCUGGCAUAAAGCCAAAACCUAAGUAAAUGACAUGUAAAAUUAAUCCACCUUUGUGACUAUUCUCGUUACUCACUGCUGUUACAAAGGCUGUUCAGACUUUCAUUCCUAAGGAUCUGUCAAAAGCUGACACGUACCGGAGUGUUUGAAUGCAGCGGUCGGUGAGCACGAUGCCCACCUUGCACAGACUGACCCGGCAGCGCGGGAGCAGCCUCAUCCCCGUUGCAUGGUUGGCGGGUUUGGGCACGGGACACGGGAACCCUCCAGAGGAGAAGGGAUGGGGAGCACACCUUCCUAACGUAACCUUGACCUGAUCUCAGGUGAAUGCCAGGGCCUGCAUCUCUCCCAUUGCUCUGCUAAUCAACAUCCAGCAACAAUCCAGGAAAUCCUCUUGAGCUGUAGCCGACCAAACCGCACCUGGGUUGAGUGGAGGGGGGUUUCACAGAGGGUCAACUUCGGCUUGAAGUGUUUCCCACCAAAAUCACUUCCAGUUCUUACGGUUCACUAAUGAGCUUGCUUCCAAAUGAGUUUUGACACAGGAUUUUAGAGUUCUGGUAAACAAAAUUUUAACGUAUCAAAAACCACAGGAGAGGAUCUUAAGAUAUUAACGCUAGUUAAGAGCACAGACCAUCUAAGUCUAAAGAUACUCAUAGAAAUGCCAAGGGGCCAUCCCUGAGGUACUCGAUCUCCAGUCAGUACCCUAAACUCUUCUUCAUCAGCAACCUCAGGGCCCCUCUGCUCCUGGAAACAUUGCCACACACUGGCGCACAGCUCAAUUUGCCUCUGAAACAAGCGGAUUCUCUUGGCAUCCCUCUUGUCACCCCUUGCAGGGUGUCAGGCCUCCUCCUCUCCACAGAGGUUUGCUGCUGGGGCGUGGGGAAGGCAGCAGGGCCAUCGGGGCUGGCCCCGCCAUGGGCUCUCCUGUCGCUGGGACCCCACUUUCAUGGUCCCCCUGAGCCAUUCCAACAGCUUUCCAGCACCUCAAUCUGGAAUAGUUUGCUGCUUUGAAAAUGCUAACUCCACUUUUUUACAAGAAAAGCAGACUGGUUCCUAAUUUCCCUUCCAAGAUUGCAAUUUUUAGGCUCAAAUAUUAAUCUGACAGGGAAGGAAUCCCAGGCCAGGAGCCAGCAUCCUCCCAUAACAGAAACCAAAUUACCUCAGUCCCUUAACACACGAUCUAACCUAUCAAUCAAAAAGGAGUUCUCUGGGGUCUAAAGCUCCAGGAAUUUCUGCACUAACAGCAACGUACCCCAAAUCCUUUGUGAAAAUACUUAAAAUCCCCUCCAGGAAAAGAAUUAGACCACUUUAACAUUGAGCCUACUUUGACCAGCAAAUUUGCUUUGCCGUAACUCACAAAAACAGAGCCCCAGUCACUAACCACGUGGGAGACAGUGAACUCUCCAUUCUACAGAGUGCAGUCCAGUGAAGAGACUUUUGCCUUUCUAUUCUGGUUUUAGCUUUGUGAUUGUGUUGUCGAAUGCUUUUCCUGCUACACACUUCAAGUUUGACACCCUUUAGGGGUUUCAGAUGAGUCAGUACUCCACAGAGCUCAGAACGCGUGCCCUCUGUGAACUCCCAAUUCAAAAUACUAACCGUUAGGGCAAAGCCUUCUCUGUCCUCAGAGGGGUCAGAACUGGCACUGCAGUCACUCAUGGCUUCCAUUUUCCCACAAUACACCCAUAAAUGUGCACAUCAGCUUCUGUGCAAACAAGCUGACACAAACAGUAGGUGUUUUGCAACAGCUGGAUACCACAACAACCAAUCUCGUGUCAGUUCGGUCCUUGUCCUUCAGGUACUAUUUAACAUUUAAACCACUUUUCUGACUGCCAAAACCCACAGAUAAGCAGAACAUCUUGAAACCGAACAACUGAAUUUUCACAAAGAAGUUUUUCUCAGGAUUUAAAAAUCAGAUUGUUAAUGAUACCAUGCACGCUUCACCUCUCAGCAUCAAGAACGGCCAAGUUCUGAACUGCUGCCCUUAUCGAGUCACAAACACGAAGUGUGACUGCAAGAGAUGCUGUCGAGAAGUCUGUUUCCCACUGACGUUUUCUAUAAUCAGUACUUCUGUGUGCAAGUGAUUUCAUACAUCUUUGUGCAAAAAUAACUUGCAACAAUUCGUUUUUUCUUAACAGUGUAGAAAGCAUUUAUCAUGAAAGCAAACAUCCUUAAUGAGCACCUCCAUUUCCUAAAGGGUUUGGCUCACCUCUUGUGAACAGCACUAGGCUGAGGAUGGUGAAGUAAGGCAACGCAUCCACGUCCUUCCUGCAGGAGCAUGGGGAGGGGUCGGCCAGGCCGAGGAGAGGGGCCAAGGGGGUCUGCAGGAGUGCUCCUGGCAAGGACAGCCUCUGGGUGUCCUGAGCAAAAUGCGUGAAGCCAGAUUCACUGACCUGCAUGUUUUCUACACUCUACUUUUGCAGGAAAACCCCUCUAAAAAUUUUCAUUCUGGCCUUUCCGCACCAACCAUGCGCCCAGGUCCAUGGGUGCAUCGAGCUGGUACAGACUCGUUGAGGUAAGUGGACUUCUACUCAGUCUGUUCCCUGAGAAACAGCAGACAUGGGGACAAUCACAAGACACAGCCUAAAAACCAGCGACCUUUAUCUCAAAACCAACUGACAGCUUCAUUUAAACUGUCUUUGAUCAUAAAUGCCUUGGUAUUUACAAAAGACAAUGAGAAAACUGUAACCUGAGAAGAUUUUACACCACUAAGAUUAGCUGGCAGAUCUGCUUUUAACAGCAAGGAGAAAUACAUACAUUUCAUACUCAUCUUCUGUAAGGAUUGGAAACAUAAUCCGUUACAAAAUGAAAUAGCAUCCAUUUCCCUUUCAUUUAAUAGAACCACGUUCAAUAGUUUCUGCUCCAAAAUAAAGAGCCUAGAUAUGAAAUGCUCUUUCCAAAUUAUAAUUUAUGCUGCAAACUCACCUGUAAU